AUGGAGGCCCGAUCUCUCAUCCCAUCAUGGACCGAUACUCCCAUCCCGAGCAUAACCCUCUCCGCCAGCGGUCUCCUCGUCCUAGCUGACCUCCGCACAAUAUCCCGCAGAACAGCUCUCACCGGCGGUGCCUCUUGGGUAGACGCCUUCGUCCUCGCCCCAGGUUUACACUACCAACAAGCAUGCAACGAUCUCGAACGCGAAGCCCCCGUCGGCUUAAUGGCCCUUUCCACACAAGCACUUGGAGAAAUGCAGUACGCUGUGAAGAAUACAAUGACGGCGAGUUAUCUCAAGAGUUUAUGCAAAGAUGGUGAGGACAGCAUCACUCUAAACGUGGGGAUAGACACACCGUUGGAUGUGGUCAAGUUUAUUGGAAAAGUACUUGAAAGAAAGAAAAUCGCCGAUGAGGAGGAAGAUGAUGAUGCGGAUCAUGAUGAUUGGGCUUCACUUUCGGAUGUCGACUGGCUCAGCCAUCUUCUCUACCUCGGCAGUCCCAUCAUAACACUAUCAUCUAUAUCCUUCAUGGUUAUUCUGGAAGAUUGGUGGGGGCUUGCUAUAAUGCUCACGCUGAUAAUCUCACGCAUACUCAACAUAUGGGCUAUAAAACAACGCAUGACACACUCAGAACCUCCCCCUGAGAGCUUGAUCAUGACAGAGUAUCGCAUCGACCUCGGCGGAGGACACAGCGUGCAACUUCGCGGCCCGGAUGCAGAUUUACAAGCUAUCGUUACGCACGCUUGGCUACGUGCACAGUCGGUACUGGAGGGCUACCUUGAAGCAGUGGCUAAGCUGAUGGUAUACAUGUCUGCUGCACUGGGAGGAAAUAUGACGCAGGCGGGUGCUAUUGUGCUUAUUGGAUUGUUGCUUGCGAGUGCGGCACUGCUAGGGUUGAGUAAUGCACAUGCUCGAGGUUUCCGUAUGCAUGGUCGUUAUGUGAUGCCAGAGAGGAAGAAAGCAAAGAUGGUACAGUCCCUUGCUACGAGCAGGAGUAGUAUUUCAGCAAGAGUGUAA